UUAUAAGUGAACAAAAAAUCUUAUUUCUUUUAUAAAUUGCGUCUUUAGUCAUUUAAUACUGAAUGACGCAAAGGAAAUAAGAUUUAAUAACCUAUAUAAUUAAUCGACUGGGAUAAUUGACUAGUAAUAACUGCAGUAUAAUAUUCAGAACGGAUUACGCAGAAGCUCAGUACGAACACGGAAUACGUGCAAUCCAUUCUCGUAAAAUAACAAACGCAAAUAGAACAGAACAUCAUACUACUACUCGAUCGUAAUCACGAUCGGAAGAAAUUAAAUACAAAGAAAUUAAUUAAUCAAUAAGAAUGUGUGAAACAUCAUCAACGUCAACAGCUAUGAAUGAAUCAAAGUCUGAGAUCCAAUCCUUCUACAAAGACAAAAUCAUCUUCAUUACUGGUGCUUCUGGUUUUAUGGGUAAGGUCCUUAUAGAAAAGUUGCUAUACAGCUGUUCAGAUCUCAACAAAAUCUACAUCUUAAUACGAGCCAAAAAAAGUCGCAGUUACGACAAUCGACUUGAAGAUAUAUUCAAAUUACCUUUGUUUCAAAGAAUAUAAACUGAGAAGCCUCAAGUUUUGAAAAAAGUGAUACCGUUCAAUGGUGACAUAUGUUCGGACGACUUGGGCCUUACUGAUAAAGAACGUGAGCAACUAAUAAAUGAAGUAAACAUAAUAUUUCAUUGCGCUGCGUGUCUUCAAAUGAAUGCGAAAUUGAAAGAUGCCGUCGAAAUGAACAUGAGAGGUACAAAAAUGGUACUAAACUUGGGAAAAGAAAUGAAGCAUCUGCAAGCUUUUAUACAUCUAAGCACAGCUUUCUGUCACGUUGAUCAAAAGGAAGUAGGCGAGCGUAUAUACGACACCUCUAAUGACCCUGAGGAUAUCAUGAGACUCGUUCAAUGUUUAGAUGAAGAUAUUAUCGAUCUUAUUACGCCAAAAUUAAUACAUCCGCACCCAAAUACUUAUACAUAUUCGAAACAUCUGACUGAAAAAAUGGUAGCCAAUGAAUUUCCUGAUAUACCUUGUUGCAUUGCUAGACCAUCGAUUGUGUUGCCUUCGUACAAGGAGCCGUUACCAGGAUGGGUCGACAAUUUAAAUGGACCUACAGGAAUACUUGUCGGUGGAGGCAAGGGUAUUAUCAGAUCGAUGCAUUGCAACGGCAAUUAUAAUGUCGAAGUUAUACCAGUUGAUCUUGCAAUUAACGAUUUAAUCAUAAUUGCAUACAAAAUUGCCACUAGCCUGAAAAAUUCAGAAAGUAUACUCGUAGUCAAUAUGACAUCGCAAAUCAAUACUUUGCGUAUCACAGGGAACGAGAUAUUGAAGAAGUUUAAACAACUUGUUUAUGAAUAUCCUUUCGAGGGACAAAUUUGGUAUCCAGCUGGCGACGCACAUAACAAUAAAAUUCUGCAUAAUAUUAUCGUCUUACUUUUCCAAAUCAUACCCGCAUACUUGAUCGAUUUUUUGAUGCUGAUACUUGGACAAAAGAGAUUUAUGGUCAGAAUCCAGAAACGAAUUUUAAACGGUCUCGAGGUAUUGCAAUAUUUCACCACGCGGCAUUGGAUAUUUUAUAAUAAAAAUAUAAUUACUUUGUGCAACGAUAUAACACCAUUAGAAUAACACCAUUAUAAAAAAAUAUUUCCAACUAUGAUUUACAAUGUCGAUGAAAUGGAAUACUUUAAGCAUUUAGUCCUUGGCACGCGACAAUACUGUAUGAAAGAAGAUCUAUCUACUUUGCCAAAAGCUCGUCGGCAUCAAACAAUGAUGUACGUUAUUCAUAUCACGACAAUAUAUUUGUUUUACUUCGGUAUAUUAUAUUUUAUUUAUAACAAUGUUGAAAGAGUGAGAUUUUUCUUGGAUUACAUUACUGAGAAAAUGAAAUCGCUACCGUUUAUAAAAGGAUUCACAGAACAUGUUUAAAAACAUGUGAAGAUGAGAAGACGACAAACUAUAAUUUACAUUUUACUCUUUAUAUUUUACUUGAUUGUUCAUUGCCUGACUCAUCUCUCUCUAUUUUAUUUGUAUUUUUAAACUACUUAUACUUAUGUGCAAUGGGGUAUGAAUUAUAGAGUGAAAGCGAAUUUCAAUAUAUUAUCAGUAAUCUAUUGAUUACUAUCAGAAUUACCAUCAGAAAUCUUUCUACUAGUAUCAAUAUUAGCUAUAAUGUGAAGACAAAGAUUAGAUUCUACAUCGCAGACACUAAAAAGAAAAAAAGUAAAUUUUACUAUACAUUUUUAAUUCCUCCCCUAACAGCACAUGUAGAUACUGAGAAUGUUCGAAGAAUAUCGCAAAAAGUACAAUGCACAUAUUCUCAAAACAUUCGAGAUACAUACUAUGAUAUAACUAUGACUAACAAUAAGUAUAUACAUACUAUGACUAACAAUAAGUAUAUACUAAGAAUGCUCUAAUGUUCACUUAUUUUGGUUAAUAGGAAAUACUGAGAAUAUCUUGUAGUAUAAUUCAUAUAUAUAAUAGAAAUACUUUUAAUAAAUGCAGUA